AUGAGCACCCACCAACGCAAGCCGGUGUUCGCCGUAGUAGGCACAACCGGCGUCGGGAAAUCACAACUAGGGAUAGAGCUCGCAAAAGCUAUUGGCGGGGAAGUCAUUAACGCGGACUCUAUGCAAGUGUACAAAGGCCUCGAUAUUGCAACCAACAAAGCGACGAUGCAGGAACGCGACGGCGUGCCACACCAUCUGAUGGACUUUGUUGAACCAUCGGAGGAGUAUUCGGUGAUUGAAUUUGAGAGGGACGCUUUACGUGUGAUAGACGAGGUCCACUCCCGGAAUCGCAUUCCCAUCCUCGUCGGCGGGACAAACUACUACAUUCAAUCCGUACUGUGGGAACAGCAGAUUAUCUCGUCGGCAGCGGGUUCGGAUCCAGAGCGGGUGAAUCCAAUGGCAGGGGAUAGAGACGUGAUCCAUCCGUCGCUGGCUGCUCAUCCGUUACGAGCACGCAUUGCGGAAGCGUUGGCGGCUACGCAGAGCGGGACGAGAGGUCCUGCGCUCAAUGCCAGCGCGGACAGCGUGGAUUUGCUGGGGUUGUUGGCUGAGGUUGAUCCUGGCAUGGCGGACAGAUGGCAUGCGAAAGACACCCGCAAGAUUCGUCGGAGUUUACAGGUGUUCUAUACGACUGGCAAGGCCCAUAGUACACUACUAGCCGAGCAGAAGCAAUCGGGAGAAGCCGGGAGUCAUUUGAGGUUCGACACAUGCGUGUUCUGGAUCUACUCUGACCCAGCAACGCUAUACCCACGCCUCGACGCACGUGUGGACGAAAUGACGAAACUGGGGCUCUUCAACGAACUCUCAGAAAUGCGCCACAGAGUCCGCUCAGGACAGGUCCUCGGCGCUCCCGCAUCCGGCUCUGCAGAUUAUACGCGCGGGAUCUUACAAGCCAUAGGCUUCAAAGAGUUCUCCCCCUACCUAACCGUGCUCGAAUCCCCCCAGCCACCAUCACCAGACGCACUAGAAAAACUGAAAUUGGAAGGCUUGGAACUGAUGAAGCGCGCGACGAGACAGUAUGCGAAACGGCAGGUUACGUGGUUGAGGAAUAAGAUGGCUGGGGCUGUUUUGGAGGAGACGCAGGGUGGGAGUGGGGAGGUGCGGGGGAGGGCGGCGUUUUAUGUAUUGGACGCGUCAGAUAUCGCAAAAUGGACCGCCAACGUCUCCACCACCGCCCUCACGAUCGCCCGCACAUUCCUUUCCCCCACCACCUCUAACGAGCAGCUACCCUUCCCAUACACCCUCACCCCCCUCGCCUCUCAACUCUUCCCACCACCACCGCAUCCAUCACCGGAACACCCCACCCCAAAUAAACCAACAUGGAAAAAACACACCUGUCCCUUCUGCAUCGACACACAAACGGGGAAGCCGAAGGUGUUGAAUGGGGAGCAUGAGUGGAGGGUGCAUUUGGGGACUAGGGGGCAUAAAAUGAGGAUGGGUGGUGGGGAGAGCGGGAGGAGAGGGAGACGGAGGGAAAGUGGUGGUGGGGAUGUGAGCAGGGAGGAGGUGGCGGGUAGAAUAGAUGUGGAGUAG